AUGCGAGAAGCAAUUAGUGCAGAGAAUCGUUUGGCAAUAACUUUAAGAUUUUUGGCUACCGGAAACUCAUUUGAAGACCUAAARUUUUCAACCGCAAUAUCUGCGCARGCGAUUGGUAAAAUUGUAAUUGAGACAUGCGAGGCCAUUACAAAAGUUCUAAAAGACUCAAUUAAGCUUCCUAAAACACCUGAGCAAUGGAUGGCUGUAGCUGAUCAAUUUUAUGAGAAGUCGAUGUUUCCCAACUGUUUAGGCGCGCUCUUUGGAAAGCACAUAAAUAUUUCACGUCCUCCUAACUCCGGUUCAUUCUAUUUGAAUUAUAAAAAGACAUUCAGUAUUGUUUUGUUG